AUGGCCGAACUUCAUAUAAUUGGACAGAUUGAAUCAGCUGAAGGGUUUGUGGACAACAGAUUGAGCUGUAGAUGGAUUGUUUAUUUAGGUAUGAUAAAAUUAUGUUGACCAUGAUAGUUUUCCUUGCGGCCUUGGUUUUUAAUAGUUCUAGUGAAGAUUUUUAGUAUUUUUAUAAGAUUUAGGUUCUUUCUACUCAAGUUUACCUUUUCUACACGAAUUUUACUUAAGAGUGUAAUUUUUAAACAAUAUUACCUGUACCUACAUUAAUAUAAUUCAGGAGGUGGCUGGCGGUUGAUAGAAGGAGAAACCGAAGGCCAGACCCAAACAGACAUAUCGGUUUUGGAAAAAGCCUACUUUUGCCAUCCGAUCGAUCUUCAUCUGGCCACACGAACUAUUCAGAAUUGGCCUCGGAUUCAUUUGGAGGUAUGGAGACAGGAUGAGUUCAAUCGACAACAGAUUUGCGGCUACGGCACCGUGAUUAUACCCAGUGCACCUGGUGAACACGAGGUGAGACUUGACUGUCGCUGGGUGUGAUGCAAUAAAGGGAAGAAGUGUUACCGAAGGGAUUGUAAAUUGAUAUUAACGUGAGAAGCGGAAUCUUCAAAAAAGGGUCAAGUGGAUGAGGUUUCCUAGCUUUGGGACAUUAUUUUACUACAACAUGCGGGUGAUUUAGCAGUUUGAGGUGAAGUGGACGGUUCUUUUUAUGUUUAUCAAGGUGUAUAUUGGUUUUUGAAUGAAGUUUUCGGCUAAUUUUUGCUCAAAAAUUCGAUGUUAAGGUAGCUAGAGGCCUUGUGAAUUAGCUUUUGAGCUGUUUGUUUAAUGUUUUAAUUGACUUUAAUGCUAUGGAAGUUGAAUAGCAUGUUGAACAUUUAUUUUACAAUUUUUUCAAAUUAAAUUUGAUCUAAAAUACGAGCUGAAAAAUAUCAUAAGCUUAAGAAACACUUUAAAAUUGCUCAAAUUUUGAAGAAAAAUCUUUUCCAGGUAAUAUGUCAUUGCUGGAGGCCCAAAAGUGGUUUCCGAAAUGAACUGACUAGUCGAUUUGUGGGUGGUGGGACUCAGCUGAAGUCGCUUCGUAUCCUGGACGAUGCGAAUGAAAGGAUGCGGCUCCAGACGGCCAGUUGUGGGAUCGUGUCGCUGAGAUUAUCCGUCAUAACGCGGCACUUCGACCGCUUCGGAAUACAGUGUUAA